GCAGCGGGGCAGGGGAGGGUCCUGCAUAGCCCAGGCCUCCCCUCCUCCCUGAACCCCUCCCCCCUGCAGUCUUUGCCUUCCUCAGCUCUUCUUCCCAGACAGACUGUGUGGCCUCUGACCCCGCCAGCUCUGGCACCCUCUCCUCAGGGCGGCCGCUGCCACCCAGCUCAGACAGAGGGCCAUGGCCUGGGAGGCCCCACACCUGCUGCCCCUUGUCCUGCUGCUGCUCCUGGCCUCAGGCUCCUGGGAACAGCAGCCACUGCUGCUGCAGAAACUGGAAGGGGAAGAAGUCUUCGUAAGGUGCGAUUAUCCAGCCCAGAAUAGUUCAAAGACGAAAACCUGGUGCAGAAUAAUAGAAGCAGGAACUUGUACCUUAUUAGUCAACCAACCCAGGCUUGGCGAGGAGCCUGGAAACCCACGAUACGUCAUCAGGGAUCACCCCGGAGAGGGGUACUUCACCGUCACCAUGACUGCGCUGGCAGAGAAGGACUCGGGCUUGUAUUCGUGUGGACUCUAUGAAUCUUCCCGGAUCAACAUUCUCAGAACCAUCAGUCUGGCGGUCUCUCGGGGCCUGCCGCCUGCCCUGGCUCUUUCCGAGCUGCAGGCGAUGGUUAUUGUUCUGACUUGUGGAUUUGUCCUGAACAAGGGCCUGUUGAUCUCAGUCCUGUUUGUCCUUCUCCGGAAAGCCAGGGCCUCAGGCGAGCCAAACCCAGGGGAGCAGCAAAGCCACCCUUCCAGGAGCUGAUGGGCAUGGCUUCCUCCCUAGCAAACAUCACAUCCUCUCUCUGUUCCCCAAACGAACAAACAAAUAAACUGAUCUCUCAGGGAAGAAAA